CCAUCCUCACAUUGGAUAGAGAUUUGCUGUACGGAAAUGAAUGGAGCGAUGAAGGCAGAUCAUAAUAAAGGGACAGGACACCGAUUUCUGUAUUGUGCGGAUUUAUCUGAUCAUUGUCUGCUGAUGUAGGUGAGGUGUAGGAGUUCAGUGGUGAUCUGUGAUGACCAGGAUCUGUCCUCCAGGAGAGCUGUCAGUGGGGAGGCUGCAGGAUGUAUCCUCAGAUGAUGUGACAGGCAGUGAUCAGAAACUCUCCCAGAUCCCACAUUCUGCUGUCAUAUGAGGGGCUUAUUCCUUGCUUGGUGUUUUAAGGUUGGAACUGCGAUGAAUGAUCACUUUAUCUGAGGUUAUGUAUGAGAGAAUGCAGGUUGUGCAGAUGAUAUUUCUUGUAGGCCUUCCAUCGGUCUUCUCAAAGCUACACUCCUAUGAUUACUGUGUCCUUGGAGCUGGUCCUGGAGGGCUUCAGAUUGCAAAGUUUCUUGAAGAUUCUGGGAGGGAUUAUGUUGUCUUUGAAAGGAACCAUAAACCUGGUAGCUUCUUUUUUAAUCUUCCAAGGCACCGUAAAUUAAUCAGCAUAAACAAACAAUUCACUGGCCGGAAAAACAAAGAAUUUAAUCUUCGUCAUGACUGGAAUUCUCUGCUAAGCAAAGAUAAACAGUUGCUUUUUGGGCAUUAUUCACAUGAUUUCUUUCCGCAUGCGGAUGAUAUGGUGAGGUAUUUACAAAAUUUCAGUAUUGGAAUCAAUGUGCGUUAUGGGACAGAUAUCAAAAACAUCAGGAUAGAAACCAAGCCAGAAGCAUGGAAUGGACAUCGAUUUCUACUUAUGGAUCAAACAGGACAACAACAUGAGUGCAAUGUCUUGUUGGUGGCCAGUGGCUUAUCUCUGCCUAAUGUGGUAAACUUUCCUGGUGCAGAAUAUACAGAGGCUUAUGAGACUGUGUCUGUAGACCCUCAGAAUUUUACGGGACAGAGUGUUCUUAUUCUGGGGCGUGGGAACUCUGCAUUUGAGACAGCUGACAAUAUCCUGGGCUAUACCAAUUUUAUACAUAUGCUUGGACGCUCAAGAGUUCGUCUUUCUUGGUCUACACACUAUGUGGGGGAUUUAAGAGCUAUUAACAAUGGACUUUUGGACACAUACCAGCUGAAGUCCUUGGAUGGGCUUUUAGAAGGCGAUAUAUCUGACCUGGCUUUAGUCCGCGAUGGGUCUGGAAAACUCUACGUCACCCAUAAGCAUUAUCUAAAAAAUUCUAUUAACUCUACAAAUAAUGACACAAUGAAUCCUCCUACCGUGCUUCCAAAGGAUGAUCUAGAUAACUUUGCAGCUCGAGAACCAUAUGACCGCGUCAUUCGUUGCUUGGGAUGGAGAUUUGAUUUCUCAAUAUUUGAUAGGUCUAUUAGAUUGAAGUCUGGUUUUGGCCUAAAGAAAAAAUAUCCCUUGUUAAAUGUGAACUAUGAAGCGAGACAUACUAACGGUUUGUUUGUGGUGGGUACUGCUAGCCAUGGCAUUGACUUUCGCAAAUCAGCCGGUGGGUUUAUCCAUGGUUUCCGUUAUACUGCUCAGUCUGUCCAUCGGUUGACUGAAAAUCGUUACCAUAAUAUCCCAUGGCCAGCAACUCGUUACCCCAUCUCCCAGCUCCUGAAUUCACUGGUCAAACGUAUGAACGAAGGAUCGGGUAUUUACCAGAUGUUUGAAAUCUUAGCUGAUUUCAUUCUUCUCGGAGAGGACGCCAACACAUUUGAAUAUUUAGAGGAAGUGCCAGUAGGCAUUCUUCCCAUGUUGGAGAAGAGCACUGGCAGAAAGGUAUACAGCACAGGUUUUUUUGUCCUUAUUAUGGAAUAUGGAAAGAAUUUUUCAGGAGCAGACAAAGAUGUCUUUCACUACAACCGUGCUAUAGGAGAUGCAAAAGCAGCAUGGCGUUCCAACUUUCUUCAUCCUGUGAUAUACUUUUACAAACAAUUGCCAACAGAGGAGCAAAUGGAGGCACGUCCAGAAAAGUGGUCUUUGCCACGUCCUGAAAAGAUUCAUCAUGUGGUAGAAGAUUUCCUUACAGACUGGACUGCACCUAGUGCUCACUUGUUGCCACUUCGUCGUUUUCUAGAAAACUGUCUACAAACAGACCUCAGAGCUUUCUAUGCAGAUUCAUGCUUUGCACUUUCUUUGUUGCAUGGGAAAAUACCUGUCUUCUGCCAGCUGGGUUAUUUACAGAACCAAGGACUUUUAGGAAAAGAGCAACAAAGACAAAAUUCUAAUAAGACCUACACACUGAGAACUGACAUAACCGCUGAAAUACCAUAUAAAAUGCAACAAAAGGAUGAACUCUGACAUUUCCAAAAAUGGAAUUGGGAUCUAUGGAAUUUCCAGAAGGCAGUGCUUUAGAUGAUAAUUUGUUAAACUCAGGAAACUGCAUUUAUUAUUGCUGAAGUAAAAUCAAGGUUCUCAUCUCUAAAUUAAUUAAUAAAACAUUAGACAGAACAAUGAGGCUGUACAAAUAGCAGUAUACUAAAGCAACCAAUCAUUUAGUACCGUAUAUACUCGAGUAUAAGCCGAGUUUAAAAAUAGCCCCCCUCGGCUUAUACUCGAGUCAGUGUACCUGUC